CACGGAAAAGUCUAAACAGUUGACUUUGUCUAGCGGUGAGAUGGCUACUGAACUGGUACUUAGCUCCAGCGAAAUACGCGGAUUGUGCCAGCGAUACUUACAUCAGGAUGUUCGCAGUUUGGAUACGGGUUUCGAUAUAAUUAGCUAUCAACUGAAGCCCACGUCCGAUGCCCCUGCUGGAUAUCUGGGAAGUCACUUUUUCCUCCAUGUCACCGUGCAACUUCACGAUCCCGAGGAACGCAAAAACCUGACCUUCUUCUCGAAGGCAGCCCCUGAGGGCAAUGGACCACGAAUGGAGUAUUUGGAGGAUUUCGGAGUGUUCCAGAAGGAGAUUUCCGUCUACAGGGAUGUACUACCCGAGCUCCAGGAGGCCUGCGCCCCCGUAGCCCCCAAAUGCUAUUACGCGGAUAAGAACCUGUUGGUGUUCGAGAAUCUGGCGGAUCAGGGCUACCGCAUGGGCACCGGUCGUGAUGGACUGUUCAACUACCGGCAGUUGCAGUGUUGCCUCAAGACCCUAGCUGCCAUGCAUGCCGGAUCCAUUAUCCAGGAGCAAAGAACUGGGAAAAAGCUACCCGAAUCCCAUCCAAAGGCUGUGGUGGAAAAUGCCUAUCCUAGCGGAGUGAAGCCAAACCAUGUUAGGAUGGUAAACUUUAUUAACGCCUGCAAUGUGCUGAAGGAGUUUAUCAAACAGAUACCCAAAUAUGAGUCCAAGUUGGAUUAUAUUCUGGAUAACUUUACCCAGAAGAUGUCGUUUAUUUUCGAGGCUGUCAAAACUUCAAAUGUGUACCAGAACACCCUGAUCCAUGGCGAUUUGUGGGCCAAUAAUAUUAUGUUCCAAUACGGAAAAUAUGGCGACACUCCAUUCCAGUGCCGAAUAGUUGAUUUCCAACUGGCUAGGUAUGCUCCACCAGCCCUGGAUGUUUUGACAGUCCUCACCAUACCCACCUCCAAGCAGUUCCGGGAUCAACAUCUCAAUGAAUUACUGGCACAAUACUAUAGUUUUAUGAGCGAGUUUCUCAAGCGGGCCGAUUUGGAUAUUGCCCGAUUCAUCCCAGAAAAGAGUUUCUACGAAUCCGUGGAGGAGUUCCGCAGUAUUGGCCUGAUCGAGAGCUGUCUCUUCUGCCACCUGGUGAUUCUCCCGCCGUCUUUUACUCAAAAGCUAACCAGUUCCGCCGAUGGCUUCAGUGACUUCUUCAGCAAUCGGCGCAUCGAGAUCUGUCUGGAGGCCUUUAACUCCGACGAGCUCUACAGAAAUCGGUUGGUGGACAUGAUUCAGGACUUUGUGGAUAACUUUGUUUUAAAAGAGGUUCAGUAAAUGUUGUUAAAUAAUAAUAUUUGUUUUUUUUUUUUAUAAUUUUUUAUAAUUAAGCACCUUGAAUGUAUAUCAAAAUAGGUUUAAAAUGUAAAUAAAAUAAAAACUGCAAAGGUAAUGAA